AGCAGGGCGAGCCAGCGUGCCCUCAUUAAAAUGAAUACGGCCGAAAGCCUUUUAUCCUCGUGGGAAAUAAACCGAGCGCGCGAGUCAAAUUCACUUUGCCGCACCACCCACAGGAGGAGUGCGCGCCCAAUUGAAUCAACGCUCGCCGCCGCUUUUGGAAGCGACGUUCACUUGAGUCCCCGUGGGUACAACGCUCAUUUCUCUCUGUCUUACUCUAUAUACCUACUAGUCCACCUCUGAAAGGUACAGACCCCUAAAGAGGAGAAGAAAACGAAGGGAGGGGAAGGGAGAAACAGGAGAGACUGCAGUUGGUGCAUGGCACGAAGACGCGGCUGUUGGGGACCCGGCUGAGCAUGGCACAUUAUGCCAGGAUCUGAACUGAAACGGGGACCUGGCUUGAGCUCUUAGAUAUGAGUGUUAUAUUAAUAAGAAACCCUUGAGUUUACAGGAGUAAAGGGUUAGGAAUGUGCUUGAUGUCGUUCGGUGUGACGCUUUUGGAUGCGCAAUUCUGGAUGGGAUGAAAUCGCGUAACCGGCGGCCAAAUCUAGGCGCUUAACGUGAGACCACCGAUCUGAGCUCCCCAGAGCUGCGCUAAACCACAUCUUCUACCCUUCGGAGCAGUGCUAAGGGGACAAUCACAGAAAGUUUCGCGAUGGCUCUCGUCAUGGAACCCGUUAGUAAAUGGAGCCCCAGUCAAGUUGUGGAUUGGAUGAAAGGUCUGGACGACUGCUUGCAGCAGUAUAUAAAGAACUUUGAACGGGAGAAGGUAGGAGGUGACCAGCUGCUGAGGAUCACACAUCAGGAGCUGGAGGAUCUGGGGGUAACUCGCAUCGGACACCAGGAGCUGAUCCUGGAAGCUGUGGACCUGCUGUGCGCUCUGAACUACGGGCUGGAGACUGAAAACCUGAAAACUCUCUCUCAUAAGCUCAAUGCCUCUGCCAAAAACCUGCAGAACUUCAUCACGGGCCGCAGACGCAGCGGUCAUUACGACGGCCGGACGACCCGCAAGCUGCCCAACGAUUUCCUCACAUCUGUGGUGGACCUCAUCGCUGCUGCUAAGAGCCUUCUGGCCUGGCUGGAUAGGUGUUACUUCUUUUGCAGGUCACCAUUUGCUGCCGUAACAGAUUAUUCCAUGACCAGGAACAACGUGAUCCAGCUGUGCCUGGAACUCACUACCAUAGUACAGCAGGACUGCACCGUCUAUGAAACCGAAAAUAAGAUCCUCCAUGUGUGUAAGACAUUGUCUGGAGUAUGUGACCACAUCAUCUCACUGUCGUCAGACCCCCUGGUCUCCCAGUCGGCACAUCUGGAGGUGGUUCAACUGGCUAAUAUUAAACCUACAGAGGGUCUGGGAAUGUACAUCAAAUCCACAUAUGAUGGGCUUCAUGUUAUCACAGGAACUACAGAGGGGUCUCCAGCAGAUCGUUGUAAGAAGAUCCACGCAGGUGAUGAGGUCAUCCAGGUGAACCAUCAGACAGUGGUGGGCUGGCAGUUGAAAAACUUGGUAAGCUCUCUGCGAGGGGAUCCUGCCGGUGUGACAUUGACCCUGAAAAAGCGUCCCCAGAGCACGCUCACCUCUGCCCCAGCCCUACUAAAGAACAUGAGAUGGAAGCCCCUGGCCCUGCAGCAGCCAGUCGUUCCCAGGAGUCCCACCAGCAGCUCAGCCACGCCCACGAGCACCAUCAGCACACCCUCCAAGCGUGAUAGCUCCGCCCUCCAAGACCUGUAUAUCCCGCCCCCUCCUUCCGAGCCGUACAUACCCAGAGAGGAAAAAGGCUGUCUCCUGGGUGAAGGCGGGGUACCUGUCGCAAAAGGGUCAGAAUCACCAAACUCAUUCCUGGAUCAAGAGUACAGACGGCGAUUUCCUCUCAUGGAAGAAGAAGCAGUCCUUUACUGCUAUGAGUACGACCCCAACCACGGACCCACAACGUCCCGUCGAGACAGCACACCCACUUACGGUCGUCUGAGGCCCAUCUCUAUGCCUGUAGAGUAUAACUGGGUUCCUGACUACGAGGACCCAGCUAGAAUGAAGAGAGAAGGUCGGAGAGAAAACACUCUGUUGCGGUAUGUAAGUGAUGAAAAGGCCGCUGAUCUGGCAGGGCGCAGCAUGAAGAGAGACACAGGAAAACGUGGCAAGAAGAAGAGCGAAAAGAGCGGGAGCCCCACCCACUAUGCCCUCCUCCCGACCCUCCAAAUGGAGGUGCUCCGUCAGGAAUCCAUGAACACGCCUAACCCAGACUCCACCUCUCUUUACCAUACAUUCCAGGGAUCCUCUCUGCUAUCCAAGACCAAGAAAAAGAGUAAAGCAGCUCCACUGUCCUCCAUCAGUAAGAGAAGAAUCUCCUGUAAGGACCUGGGUCGUGGAGACUGUGAGGGCUGGCUGUGGAAAAAGAAGGACGCAAAGAGCUAUUUCUCGCAGAAAUGGAAGAAGUAUUGGUUUGUUUUGAAGGACGCCUGCUUGUACUGGUACAUGAACGAAGAGGAUGAGAAGGCCGAAGGGUUUGUCAGCCUCCCUGAGUUUAAGAUCGACAGAGCCAGUGAAUGUCGCAAAAAAUAUGCGUUUAAAGCAUGCCAUCCCAAAAUCAAGAGCUUCUACUUCGCAGCAGACGGUGUGGACGAUAUGAACAGAUGGUUGAGUCGUCUCAACAUGGCCGCGGCCGGCUACGCAGAAAGAGAGCGAAUCCGUCAAGAACAGGCAGACUACUGGAGUGAAAGUGAACACGAAGACAACGAGACGCCCUCGACGCCCAAGCAAGACAGCCCACCGCCUCCUUAUGACACAUACCCACGGCCACCCUCAAACCAGGUGAGUUGUGCCAGUCCUUACCUAGAACCCAAGCACGGCCGCCUCUCAUCCACAGAAACUUCACAGUCUCGCUCCUCUCACGAGGAGUACCGCUCUGAACCACAAGGGGGCAGCAGCAGUGGAGGAGGUUCCCCAGCUCGGAAGUCCGCCAGCCAGCGGCGCUCAUGGCAGGACCUGAUUGAAACCCCUCUGACCAGCUCAGGCCUUCACUACCUGCAGACCCUGCCCCUAGAGGACGCUGUGUUCUGUGAGCCAGGGGCGGGUCUUUCUCCUGAAUAUCGCCGCCAAUCCACUCUGCCUGCCCAACGCACACUGAUGCAGGAGCAUUACGGCCCCUUCCCAAUGCUUGAAGGGGAGAGGCUCCGAGACCCCGUUAAUGCAGCCGGGAAACCCCGCAGCUUCACCUUGCCUCGGGAUAGCGGCCUGCAUGCCCUCCUCACACCCUCCGCCAGCAUGGCAGAACAGCGGGACCCCAGCCGUAGGGAGCUCAGCCGUUCACACUGCAUCAAUAACGGCGGGGAGCAGGAGUGCCAUGGGCAGGCGGAUUCGCUUGGUGAUUUGUACCGGGCACUGGAGCGUGCCAGUCUGUCGCCUAUUGGUGAGCACCGCCUUUCCACCCGUCUGGAGUACAAACACCUUUUCAUCCGGCGUUGCAACGAUCCACAGCUAAAUGACAAACUGCAUCACCUCCGCAUCCUGCAGAGCACGCUAAAGGACAGGGAGGGCGAGGUAGCACUGAUUGACAAGCUGCUGGCCAAUCCUAAGCUCACAUCCUCAGAGUUCCAGGAAUGGAAGAAAGUUUACAUGGAGCUGUUUUCAUCAGAGCUGCAGCGGGACCGUCAGCCAAGCCCCGCCUCCGAACCCAGCCCUGCAGCCACACCUGAACCCACCCCUCGCACUCCCUCCCUCUCACACACACACUCCUACAUCGAGACUCACGUCUGACGCACACAAACGCACGCUUCGAUCACUCUACACAAAAAUGCCGCCACAUUAUUUGAAGUAGUCGUCACUCACAACCAGCUGACACAGUCUCACUUCCAUGGACCUUAGGCUGGAUGUUCAAGCUAAAGUAAUGGUUGAAUUGGUGUUUGUGGACUGUUUGAAUUUUAACUACGAGGCUGUGAGGAAUAUUAAUGUGCAGAAUUAACAUUUAGGGAUAUAAAAAUGCAUUGAUGCAUGAUUCAGUAAAUAAGUUACAUUAUUUAAUAAUCAAAAUAAAAUUAAUCAAGACGACAUCUCAGAUUAUAUGCACAGAGUGCACUUUAAGUUUGGCUUUCUUUGUCAUUAUUCAUAUUUAUUUGUAUCCAUUUAUGUAAUGCAAGUUAAUAUUUGUUAUUUUCUUGCUCAGUUAUGAAAUAUAGUGUUUAUGUUAUAUAAUAUUCAGAGAAUGUAUUUGGAAUCACAAUAUAUUUUCUAGGGGUCACAGUAUAUUAGUAUCAUAUCAGUUAUAGCCAUGUUUUUUUUUUUUAAUUUAUAAGAUUUUUUAAUUUCAAUUUAAAUUUAUCAUGCAAUUUUUUAUAUAUCAGCCAAUAUUUGAUAUUUAAUUGUGUAUGCGCUUCUAUUUUUACCUUUGGAUUACCUGUCAUCUAACACUCACUUAAAAUUAAUGUUUAAAAACUAUUAUUAACUAAUAAUUUAAAAACAAAUCUUAAAAUGAAUAUCCAUUUUUCAUUCUGUUCAUUAUAAUUUUGUGAUGCCUAAAUUCACUUAGCAUUUUACAGUAAUUUAAAAGUAUUUAGAAGAAUUGUGUGACUUUUUAAAUGUUGGGCAUAAAAAUAAUUAUUGGCACAAUUUUACGAUUUUUGAUUUCAGUUCAUCAAAAAGCCAUCAAGGCUGAACAGUCGACACCAAGGUCUCCAACAUUUUAACCUAUUAAACAUACUGUACUUUUAUGCCUCACAGUCUCAUUUUAAUUGAUGUCAAAUUUGAUACAGCAUCUUCCUUGAUUAAGGUCCAUAAACACAAAUUCUUCUCACUUUUCCUUGUACUUUCACAUCCUGACAGCAAUCGCAGACUCAGUCUACAUGUGCUUUUUAAAUACUUGAAAAACAUUGUUUACGCAGGCACAGAUAGCUGUACAAACAAAGCUCUCUCAAUGGCUCGACUCGCAACCCACAAGCUUCAGAGUAUGCUACUUCUGUACACGGGGUUGCCAUGGUUACCAGUCCUCCAAGCAGCUCAGACCAGGAGAGACAAUGUCGUCGCACCGAGAAAAAACCUGGCCAAACCACCACUAGACAGGAAGCCGAGGUAGAACCUGAGCACUUGAUCUUGGAAAUGGAAGCUACUGACUGAACUCUGAAAGGAAAUGCACAUCUGAGGCGCCGUUCGAACUCUAAACACACCGACUGGCACACUGUACCUGUGUUUGUCUGUCUUUUUGAAGCAAAUUUCUCAGUGGACACACAGACGGUCAUCACACAAGUUAUCUGCCAUAUCUGCCAUGCUACUUUAGCAUACUAUAUACUCUACUGUAUCAUACUAUAUAUUUAUGAUCUGCUGUUAUACAUCGGCUGGCCCCGACUUAUAGCACUUGUACAUUAGUGUGGAAGUUGUGUGUGUGUGUGCAUGAACAUGGAACACUGAUGUGGUUUUCUCAUCUCACCACAAUCUCCGUAGAGUGUUUGGAUAAACCAAGAAAAGGCCUUUAAAGGAAUAUACCUGGUUCAAAAUCAGAUCAGUUCUAUUGACAGCAUCUUUGGCUCUGUGCCAGUUUCCACAGUCAGUCAUUUUGGCUCUUAAAAUGGAAGUCUAUGGGGCAAGGCAAUUUACGGGCAGAAAAGUGCAUAUUGUAUUCGUCUAAGUAAUCCUUGUGAGACUUUUCUAGGAGCAGAACUUCCCGAGGGUGGAUUUGUCUCUGUGUCAACAGACCUUUUCUGCUAUACAUGUGCUUAUCUUACAAAAGUUACAAAGUUUAUAGACUUCAUACAAUCAAAAGUUAAAAGAUUGGAUACAGACAUUCAGUUGUAAUUUGUUUUACUAUGUUUUAUUCGUUAUAAGAAAUAUAUAUAUUAUUAUUAUUAUUGUGGAUGUACAGUCUACCAUAUUAAUAUUUUUGAUUGUAUCAGUCAACUGCAGACAAAAUUAGAUAUUAAAUUCAAUGCAUAGAUUGUAAAUGAAUAGCAAAUUUUUGUGUUUUAUUUGUGAUUUAUUUAGAUUUUUCUUUAAAUUUAUUUACAACAGAAUAUAAUUUUUUUAUUUUAUCAAUUAUUGUCCAUAACAUAGAUAUAAUUAUUGGCUUAUCCGUAUCGGCCACUUUAUAUAUUUACAUGUACCAGUGCAUCUCCAAUAACAAUAAUGCUUAUUAUUAUGAUUAUCAUGCAUAAUGUUUAAGUCCUUUGGAUCUAUGAGUUUUUAAACAUUAAUUUUAAGUGAGUGUUCGAUGACACUCACAAACAGUUAUGUUGUAAACAUAAUUUUCUACAUAUAUUGUGUUCCAGUGCCUCGUCCCAGUUAGAAACGAGUCAAAAUAAUUAAAUGUGGUAAUUGACAGAAUGCUAAAAUUGCUGUAGAUAGCAUUCAUCUUGUAUUGAACCUGGAAUAUUUCUGUGCCUGUGCCGUGAACACUUCUCGACAGAGCAUAACGCCUUGCCAAACUCAGCCUCUGAUAACGGAUGAGCAUCCAGUGAAGUGUGUGGGCUUUGAUUGGUAGAAAAUUGCACAGGCUUCAUUAUCCAGAAGCAGCAUUAUCUCUGUAACUUGAGUCAAAUUAUGGAAGUUCUCUCUUAACUACGGUUUCCUGAUAUUAUGAGGUGAAAUUAUGUGUCUCUUCGCAAAUAAGAAUUCAUAAUCAAAAACAGAUUUACACGUGAUGUUCCUAGUGGAAAAAUGUGCAUCAUUGAGUGAGCAGGGACGGCACUUACACGUGAUUGUGUAUCCGUGCACAAGGUGUGUCAUUCAUUUUUAGUGCUUAAUCUCAAAUUUUUAUGGACUGUUGUAUUCAAUUCAAAAAUUUUAGGAAAACUUAAAAGAAAGUGUUAUGUUACAGUAUUGUAUAGUUCGGUUUGGAUUCAAAUUUUUAGUUUCUACAAGCUGCCAUGCAGCUGUCCUGAACAGUGCUGCUAAUUUAGGGACAUUUAUGUCAAGACAACAGUGAGUUUUUAUGACAGCCGUGGUCAUCACGACACAUCGCUGGUCUCAGCCCAGGGACUCGCCGCAUGGCUCGGCCGAUCAAAGCUGUUGCCCUGAACUCACCCCAGCAUCUGUCAGAAGCUGCAACUCGACUCCUGAAAUUACAUAUAUCUCAACGUUCGGGAGGUCAUCCAUCUUUAUAAACUCAAAACAUCUCUUGCUGCAUGGCUUGUAGAUACACCACAGUCACAUUUGUUUUUUGUUUCUAAACUGAAGCUGCCAAAUGAUUUAAUGUCAGUGUUUCAGCUGUCAGGAAGGCUGUGCAAACCAAGAAGCACUCAGGCGCUCAGCAGACACAAAGAUGCUUUAUGUGAGAUUUUUAAGAGCACACUGAAUGUUCUGAAGAGAGUUUAUUGUAUGAUAAGAUGUGUAUUAUAUGAUGUACAUUGACAUUUCAGGUAUGCCAUAAUGGAGCACAUUUCAUUCUGUAUGUAAUCGAAGACAAUAUUAGCUUGAUUUUGACUCAGUGAGUGACUCAGGUGCUAAUGUGUCCAUGGGAAUCAUGGGAAUGCAUUAGCUCUUAGAGAAAGUGAUUACCAGUGGAUUUAGAGCUACUAGAAUGGAUGUUUAUUGGUAUUUUACCAAUAUAUUAUAUUAUCAAAGUUAUUCUUAAUUUAGUGAAAACCAUGUUAUGUUUGUUUAGGAGCCCAUUUUUUAACACAAAGUUGUCGUCAGUUCAUCAAUAUCUGUGCUGCUGCCUGUCUUUAUUAUGAGUAGGGCAUGUAAUUUGGGCAGUGCAGUUUCCUAUGUGUUGUGUUUAGCGUACAACCUGGUAAAGUUUACUUUAUUUAUUACAUUAUUUAAAAAGAGACUUGUUGCUUUCUCCAGAUUCCAGUGUGGUUAUACCUAGAGUCAAUAAACUUUUAUGGAUGUAA